CAGUCAUGUCAUUAAUCCACAGAUUACAGAAAUCAUGAUGUCCAGCCAUAAUCCAUCUUUGCUGUGAAUGCGUUUCCUUUCCUUCCCAAAAAGUGAGGUUUAUUCCUAUUUAUAGAUUUUGUAUAAGUUUUGGUGUGUUACUUAUAGUUUUCCGUUUGUGAUAAUUCGUAAGAAACUUAAGGAGAAGAUGUCUUCAGGAAGACCAAUCAAGUGCGUGGUUGUCGGUGAUGGCACCGUCGGAAAGACGUGCAUGCUUAUAUCGUACACCACAGACAGCUUUCCUGGUGAAUAUGUACCCACAGUAUUUGACAACUAUUCAGCACCAAUGGUAGUGGACGGAGUAGCAGUCUCUCUAGGCCUGUGGGACACAGCGGGGCAGGAAGACUAUGACAGACUUAGGCCUUUAAGCUAUCCACAGACCGAUGUCUUCCUCAUAUGCUUUAGUGUCACAAGCCCAUCAUCAUACGAAAAUGUUACUUCCAAAUGGUAUCCAGAAAUUAAACACCACUGCCCUGAUGCACCUAUUAUUUUAGUUGGUACAAAGAUCGACUUGCGAGAUGACCGCGAGACGCUCAGCCUGCUGUCCGAGCAGGGCAUGUCACCGCUGAAGCGAGAACAGGGACAGAAGCUGGCGAACAAAAUUAGAGCUGUCAAGUACAUGGAGUGCUCGGCGCUAACGCAACGCGGACUCAAACAGGUGUUCGACGAGGCCGUGCGCGCGGUCCUGCGACCGGAGCCGCAGAAGAGGCAUCAGCGGAAGUGUCUCAUCAUGUAAAUAUGCCAGGACAGCACUGAACGUGACUGCAGUUGAAUCUCCAACAGUAAUAAUCUGUUUCUACACCGGUCACUUGCUCACUAAUGGCUCAUUUAGACGGUGCGAGAGUCACAUGCGAGUUUCAUUACAUUCCGGCUUUUAAUCGGUCGGUUGAAUUGGACGUAACCGACAGUCCGCAAUGUAACUAAAAUCGCAUGCGAGUUUGCGCGCCGUCUAAAUCAGCCUUAAUCCGUUAUAUAGUGCUCAUUCGUGAAUACUCGCUUAGUUAGUAAAUUAACUGCAAAACUCAAAAUGCUCUCUGGAACAGGCGCUAUUUCCUUCUCAAAUUAAGAAAUGGUGGCCAAUUUGUUUUUUUAAAUAGAACAAUCGUGAUCGAAAUCUCACUAUCCAGGUUGUUUACGAAUACGAAUGGAUCAGUAUUCAAAAUUUGAAAUAGAAACCGUUGUUUUGAUUUUUAUUUAUUAGACUGAUUUCUUUCGCAAACAAUGUCUCAUGCUCCAAUUCAGCUAUUAACUUUUGGCUUUCCGACCUCUCUAGUGAGAAAUAUUUAAUGAAAAUUGGUUUAAUAUCACAUCUUGUGUUUAUUACAUAAAAAUUAAAUGAUGGUUUUCAUGAGAGCAUAUUCAGUAAAAAAAAUCUGUAUAGGUAAUUACCAAAUAUGUCAAAUGUAUGCCAAUAUGAUAUGAUAUAAUACUUCCUUCCGCAAAUUCUUUGAAAUUGAAUCAGUACCACUCCGUUUUAAAUGUGCCAUAGACAACAUUCAACUUUUUUUAUACAUGUGAUAUUCGAAUCAUCACAAUUUAUACAUUGCUGCAGAAGCAAGCAAAUGGUUAUGCCAAAGAUUUAUGAAUAGAUAUAAGUGUCAGUAAAUACGUGUAGAUAUUAUUGUAAAGAAUCUCCAACGGUUAGAAACAAAUUGUUACUGUUAAGAAUAAAAUGAAUACUAUUAUUUUUGUACAUGCAACCUCGAUAGGAAGCUUUGAGAUAUUAUAUUCUUAUGCGACUUCCGAACAAGGACUGACCUUAGACGCUAGUUAUAUUGACAUACUCAAUUAUAUGUUCAAUAAUUUAGUUGCGAAAAGAUUUCCAAAGGACGCUAUCUACGAAGAAUUUCGAACAUUGAACCGCCAGUUCCUAUCUCUAUCACAAGCGCAUCAUGAUAUUGCUGUCCCGUUCGCACAGUGGUAUUGUCCACCGGGAUCAUGGGCGAGACAGCAAUAUACCUAAUUACGCGCGUGCAAUAGAGAUAGGAACACUCGGGUCAAUGUCCGAAUAUCUUCAUGCUAGCGUCCUAACUUUAUGAGUAAGCAUUUAUAUUUGUAUGAGUUUGAAGAAAUAUAUUUGUUGUGGUUAUUUAGGAACGUAUCAUAUGCUUUAUAAAAUAAUCUAUAGCUUUAGUAGCUAACAGUUUGUACGGGCGUGCUCGAAAUAACCUGUAGGUAUGUCUUUUGAUACGUAUUUUCAUUUUGACUUAGUAUUUUUACUAUUGACAGUAUACAUUGCAGCUAUUAAGUGUUUAUCUGUUUGGUUGUUUAUAAGAGAGCGAGAUUAAAGUGUCCUUAACUUAGACUUGGGAUCUCAGUGUAUAUGUGUGGAUCAACUUUUUUGUGUUGUUAUUCUGUUUCGUUAUCCAGAGGACAAUAGUGGCACAGUUUGUUAGAAAAAUGUAUCAUAUUUAACAUGCUUAAGUAUUGCUUAGUCACCUACGGUGCCUAGUCACUUGGUGUGCCUGUCUACUGAAGCGGAGCGAUGAGCGAGAUAAAAACCCACCAAUAGCGCAAAGAGGAGCGGAGAUUUUAUGCAAUUCUAUUGGUGGAUUUUUAUCUCACUCUCCGCUCCGCUCCAGUAGGCAGGCAACCUUAUGGAAAGGGCUUAUAACUACCACAAAAAUGUAUGUUUUACUAAAUAUCUAAAUUCAGGACCAUGGCAAUGCGUGACAAAGAAGUUGAUUCACCCAUUUAUAUACCUAUAAGCUAUAAGAGGAAAAAGAAUCUCACAGUAGCAUUACUGUAAGGUCCCUUUUUCACCUUAUCACAAGGUACAGUACGGAUCUAUUUGCAAAGGCAUGACACAUUAUAAGAGAAACCAUUAAAUACAAAAUACGGUACGUAGCGGCCUCCUUUUUUAAAUAUCUUUCGUUAAAUUUAAUCACGAUUAUUUAGCAGUCGCGCUAGUGUGCACGUAGAUGGGCUCUUAUCCGUCUACGGAAGGCCUAAAACAUGUUUAGUCAGACAAACCCUGAACACAAAGUCGCUCAGGCGCUUUUGACACCAUAAAGCACUUGCUAAUGCCAGUCAAUGGCAAGGCAAAGUUUCCAGUAUAUGCAAUCUAGACGGAUCAAGGACUGGCAACAACUAAAUAGGAUAAGUAUAAAACUUAUGAAGAAAGCUAAUAUAUGGGUAAUAAAGAUUAUGAAAAAAAGGGCGCAGCUAACAUUUAAAACCACAUUAUAGUCAGGUUACAACACAGAUAGAUAAAACACUAACGUACGAAAACUUUCUAUAGAAUUACGCCCUGAAUUUUAGACCGUUAAUUUUCUUGGUCUAAAGUUAACCAUCCAAUUAAUUACCCAUUAGUUUAAAUAUCUACUUAACCCAAAGCCGAUAGUGCGGGACCUGUAUCAUACUCGAAUGGUUUCUCAUGGUAAAUGGUGCACUUUCCAUGCGCGAUUAUGUUUAUAAAGGUGUUUAUCAUUAGUCAUUCGUUUGAACAAAAUAUUUUUGUAUGCAUGAGAACCUAGAUUAAGAAUAACAAAGCAUUUACAAUGUAUCGUGACGAGUACGGCAUUUGUUUUAUAUAAUUUCAUAAAAUCGUUUUGUACUAGGCCGCUUUUAUUUACAGAAAACGCUUUGAAAGUAACGAUUGUGUAUAUAAAUAGGUACCUAUUCAAUUAUUUAUAUAAGAACAAAAUGCGCAAUUUAAUACUAAAUCAUGUGUAAAACUGCACUUAAUAAAUUAUUGAAUUUA